AUGUCUGAGCGAAAAAAGAAGCAUUCUUUAAAGUUGCACAUUUCAGCAGCUGUGCUACCCUCAGCUGCAUUUGUGGCUGUUCCCAAUGCACCUGUACCAUCUAUUAUCAAAUGCAUUGAAGAUGCACCUUUGAUGGGGGCACUGUUAAACUCUACAGUUGUUAGCAGAAUGUUUGGAUCCCCACAGCCAGACCCUGAUGAAAAUCAGGAACAACAAGCAAGUAUACGUGAUUAUGAAGAAAUGAAUGACAAGGGCUAUCUGACCAUUCCAUUUGGAGAACUGACUCCUGAUAAAAGAUCAGAAUCAUUCAUAGAUGGGAUGAACUUUACAGAAAAAGCAUAUGAAUUUCAUAAAAAAAGCAAUGAAAGUGAAGAAAUCAACAAAAACUCUUCGUGUUUGCCUGCUCCAGUUUUGGAAGAAACCUUGUUAGCACGAAAUUGUUUUCAAACAGAGGAAAUUGAAGAGGAUAUUGUGCAUUUGGCAGAAGAAACCCAAACAGGGAUAUUUGAAUCAACAGAACAAAGAAGCAGUGAAGAGUUACAUGAAACAGAAGCCGUAAAUCAUAGACGUGAACAGCAGCUGAAAACAGAGAUCAUUAAUCUCAGGGAUAUAGUUCAUCGGCUAAAUAUUGAACUCAGCAAAUACCAAGCAAAAUAUUGCAGUGCUCAAAUCCUGGAGCAAUGUCAAAAUAUUGAGGGUUUACCAACUCAAGGACCAAUUCCUUCUUGGCUUAUUAGCACAAAAUAUCUCUCACCACUUGUCAUGGAAUAUGGAGAACAGAUUGAGAAACUCGAAGCCAAUCUUACAAUGUAUAAGAAAGAAUUUGAGAAAGCAUCCAAUUAUUGCAGUGAGUUAAUCACUGAAAAUGAAAAUCUCCAUGAAAAGCUGGAUAAACUGACCUCAGGAAGCAGCCAUGUUCUAGAAAGAUCUGUGACAGAACAGCGUAUAGAUUUGCUUACAGCAGAGAAUUUGAUUCUUUUGGAGCAGAUAAAAUCAGAAAAGACAAAGAGCCGAGACACCUUUUACACUCACUCAGCAGAAAUUCAAGAACUGAAAGACCAGUUGCACCUGAAGAGUGAAAGGUGCAACAAACUUGAACAGGAACUCAUGCAAGAAGUGCAGAAAAAUCAAGAACUGAAGAUCAGUCUGGACAGGCUGAAAUCAGAAAACCAAAAUAAAAUUGCUUUGACAGAAUAUGAAAACAAACUUUCUGCCCUAAAGAAGGAACACAAUGACACCAUUGCAGAACAUGAAAAAGCUAAAAUUGAUUUGCAGACUGAACUUGAGUCAUGUUAUAAAGACAAAGAAAUGUCUCUCAGUGUCCAGGCUCAAUGCAAGGAUAAAAUUGAACGUAUGCAUGCUACAAUAAAAGGUCUUAAAGCAAAAACAAGGGAAUAUGAAAUAACUAAUAGAAAACUUCUUGAAGCCUUAAAGAUCACACAGAAUAUGGAAUACCUUUCUCAAGAACAAAUGCAAAGAUUUCGGCUCAAUGAAGAAGUUGUACAAAAAAUCCUUGAAAAGCACAGCAAAUCUGCAGAACAACACAAACAAAUCAAAAAUAAACUCAAGAUUUAUAAGAAGAAGCUUUCUGAUGAGCUUUUGUGCAAAAAGGAAGCCAUUAAUAAUUUAAGACAAGAAUUUGAAAUUCAAAUACGACAACUGUGUGCAACACUGAAGCACAAAGAACAUUUGUUGCAGAUUUCUGAAGCAGACAGACUUGAAAUGGAAAAUGAUAUGGAAAUCCUGUGGCAAGCAGCUCAAAAUGAAAAUCAAGUAAUGCGUCAAAUUCUAAAACGGAUAUCAUGUCAGUGCCAAACAAGGUCACUGUUAUCAGAUGACAGCUGA